AUGGUACCAGCGCGGCUCGAAGACGCCGACCAAAAAACCGGACGGGGUGCGCCUCGAUUCAUCGUCAUUGGUGCGGGCUCCCGUGGCUGGACAUAUGCCAGCGCUACCAUGACGGUCACCGGUGGCCGCAUCACAGCGAUUGCAGACCCCAUCACAUCAAAGAGAGACAGGCUGGGGAGAGCCUUCAUCUGGGGCGAUGAGGGCCCGGGAGAAGGGCAGGCCUUUGACAAUUGGGAUCAGUUCGUAAAGUAUGAGCUUGAUCGGAGGCAGCGUGUGGUUGCCGGGGAGCCAAACGUGCCCGACGGCGUCGACGGCGCCUUUGUCUGCGUCCUGGAUGAGAUGCACCGCGACGCUGUUAUCGCCUUAGCACCCCUAGGCCUACACAUCAUGUGCGAGAAGCCUUUAGCCUGCUCUAUGAAUGCAUGUCUCGAGAUGUAUCGUGCCCUGAAAGCAGGAGCCCCGAGGGUCUUCUCCAUUGGACACGUCUUAAGGUACAGCCCGCAUAACAUGAUGCUGCGCAAACUGCUGGUUGAGGACAAGGUGAUUGGCGAAGUCAAUAGCGUUGUCCACACGGAGCCUGUGGGCUGGUGGCAUUUCACACAUUCCUACGUUCGCGGCAACUGGAGGAACUCGAAGACCACUGGACCUACACUGCUCACAAAGAGCUGCCACGAUAUCGACUUUCUACUCUGGCUAUUUUGUUCUCCCGAAAAGGCAGGCAAGGGUGAGCCACACCUCCCAUCAACCAUCGCAUCGACCGGGGGGCUGCAAUACUUCAAGAGAAGCCGCAAACCCGCCGCUGCGGGUGCUGCCACCAAUUGCAUGAAAUGCCCGCUAGGCGACGAAGGCUGCAAGUACUCGGCCAAGAACAUAUAUCUGGGUGACCGGCUCCACGGCCUGGGCACAGGAAAUACGCUCUGGCCCGUCAGCAUUGUCCUUCAUGACAUUGAGGAUUACGGUACACAUGAUGAGCAAACGUCCGCUCUGAUUAGGGCCCUGGAGGAGGACUAUAAUGACUCCAUGCCGACCUCUAAAGUUGCCUCGCGGAACUGGUUCGGUCGCUGCGUCUUUGAGUCAGAUAACAACGUUUGCGAUGACGAAUUUGUUACCAUGACCUGGGAUGACUCGGAAACGUCUGACCGGUACGCGAAGCGUGUCACGUUCCAUAUGGUUGCACAGACAGUCAAGCAAUGCGACCGCUACAGCAAUUUUUAUGGAGAGCAUGGCGAGAUAUAUGCCGAUUCUAAGACCAUUACCGUCACCGAUUUUGCCACACAAGAAUCACGGUCUUACUACCCCAAGAUUGAACACGCCGGUCACGGUGGCGGUGAUCUGGGUCUAACGAGGCAGUUCGUCCUUGCUUGCGACAUGGUAAAAACCCACGGCUGGGAUGUUGAACGUGCACAAAAUGAGGUUCUCGGCUGCACACUCGACGAAGUAGUUCGGUCACAUGCUGUCGUAUUUGCGGCCGAAGAGGCUCGACUAGGCAAGAAGGUCGUUAACUGGACAGAGUACUGGGACAGGGAAGUGGUCAGGGGCGCAGACAAGUAA